AUGGCGGAGAGCAAAAACGACGAUAGCAAGAAUUUAUUUUACACGAUGGACGCUGUGCCAAAGUUCACGGGUGAUGACAUCACGUACUCUUCUGCGAAGUGGACACAAGAUCUCGACGAUAAUGCCGAUAUAUUUGGGUGGAGCCAGCAGCAGAAACUCAUUAUAGCGCGACGAUGUUUAGCUGGAACAGCAGAAUUAUGGCUAAAAAGCGAAAAAACUUUCAGAAGUUACGAAGAACUAAAAGUGGCUUUGAUGAAGGAAUUCCCUGAGGUGAUAAACAGUAAACAAAUGCAUGAGACAAUGAGCAGACGGAAAAAACAACCCAAUGAGUCGUUUUAUCAAUAUAUGCUCGUAAUGAAAGAACUCGGAAAAAGAGCUAAGUUUCCGGAUUACGUCGCGAUUCAGUAUAUAAUCGACGGAAUAUCUGACUAUGAAUCUAACAAGUUGUUAUUCUACGGGGUAACGUCGUAUUCUGUGCUCAAGGAGAAAUUAGUAUUAUAUGAAAGUUUCAAAGAGAAGUCCAAAAAAAGUGUUGAUACCAUGAGACGAGGUCAGCGAGACACGGCGGUAAUGCCUAGACAGGUUCAUCGAUGUUACAAUUGUGGUGAAAGAGGGCACCUAUCUAGUUCCUGCCGCAGAGGUAUCAAAUGCUUCAAGUGCAACGGGUUCGGGCACAAGGGUACGGAGUGCCGCGCAUCACAAGGUAUGGAAGCUAAAAAAGCAUCAAAUAAUUAUUAUGGAGGAGGUGAUGAACAAGAUCGGCGAUCUAUGUUUGUUCGACAGCAGGAGGACGACGAGAAGAACGAGAACGAACUAUACGAACGUGAGCAAUGCGAUUUAAAAGAGCAA